GCUGAAGGUGCAAGAGGUGGGAGGGGAAUUGGAGUUAAAUUGAAGGCUUGCUGACGGGAUAGUGGGAAGUGUGAUAAUCUAUGGAGGUAGUACGCCAGUAAGGCAACUGUGGGGGGAAAGAUGCGAGAGGCGCGGUAAAGAAGAAGCAAAGGCAAAAGCAGCCUUAUACUGACACUGAUCUAAAGAAGAAGAAGGAAAGCUGAGAGGAGCCGUAGAGUAACUAGAAUGCCGGGAAGCGGGGUUUGCUGUCAUAAUGCUGGGUCUUAGAAAUGCAGAGCUGUGUUCUCUGGACUCACCUCUGACCAAAGCUGCGUCACACCCGUACCCUGUACUGCAGAUCUUCAGUGAGCUGGAAAAUGGUCAAGACCCAAGACAAAACUUGUAUUAUCUGGAUGUACAGCUUCCAACAAUAGCCCUGGAAAUAGGGGAUAAGAAAGAAAAUCUGGUAUUGGGAAGAAAUAUCAAGAGCACGGAUACUGGGUGCCAUUUGGGACUUGUCUUUGAUACCUUAAACAAGGAUACAAAGGAAAUCUCUGACCUUGUCAUGUUAGAUGGAAUGGAAAAAGGGGCCUCUGUCGAGGUGACACAGUCUUCUGAGAAUGUGCUGCUUGAAGAAUCUGUGGACUCCUCAGAGUUGCGGAUGGAAGAAGAUGUUCAGAAUAUCUCUCCUAAUCACGACCUAACCAGCCUACUGCAUAGAAUAGGUGUUCGAGAGAUGACCGAACCGGCACCUCAGCUGAGCAGGAAUGAUUUAAGCAAGAUAUCUGAGCAAAUCAUACAUACUAAUAAUAUCGCUACUGAUAAAAACAAAGACUUGCCACCCUUAGAAAGAGAUCAAACCUUACAUUUUACUAUAAAGAGCAUAGAGGAAUCUCCUGACAUUCAUCUCCAAAGCUCCAAUGAUGAGGCAGUGGCUGACUCGGAGAAUGACUUGAGGUUAUAUGUAAGUGAAAGUGCACAAUCAUUGAACUCACUUGACUUAUCCUAUAUGCCUUGCACUGGCACACAAUUACCAGUCAACGUUUGUGAAGUCUAUGAGGAUUGUUUAAACAGAGACCUAACCUCAGAUGAACUGACAGAAUAUACCAAUAGGCAUAAUCCAAAGAACCAAAUCAGUCCACACCCAAGUGACCAUGAUAAAGAUGACUAUGAAUGCACAAUGUACUGCAUGCAACAAAAAAAUGUGUCUGAAUUUAAAGAAACACACUUGAAAUCAAUAUUAUUGAAACAAGUGCCUUGUCAGACAGCAAACAGUAACAAGGCUUUUGUACAAAACCACUUUCCAUCUACUCCAGCUAAUGAUGAUCCUGAAUCUGCUCAAGUGAAUGCUCUUGUCCCUUAUAAAAACUUAUUUUUGGAAUAUGCAAAUGUGCCUUCUGAACAAUGCAAAACCGGAUCUCAAGAUCAAGCAUUAAAUAGAGAGAUUAUUCUGAAUGAAAUGAAAAGAACUGGUCUUUUAAACAAAAAGGCAUCAUUUGUUGCAGCGGGAGAAAAGUGUCGGCAAAUAUUUGAAGAUGUUUUUGCGCUAAAAGCUUAUGACACAUCACAGAGAGUGGUAGGGAAUGUUAAUGUGAAUCCAGAGAACAGUAUAAAAAAUGCAGAUUGUGGUCAGGGGCUUACAAUGCACCCUUCUAUUCAUCUACACUUAAAUGAAUGUCCUGUGGCUGGUUUUGAUAAACCACCAAAUUUUGUUUGGAAGAGUUCUAAUAUACCACUUCAAAUCCAUUUUCUUGAUGUGCUAACUACUGGAAAAAGAAUUUAUUUGGCAGGGAGAUCUGAACAUGUUGCUUUUUCGCUGGAUAAAAGUAGACUUGCAUUAUCAAAACACCAGGAUGCCCUCUCCAUUCCUAAAGAGAGUCAACUGCACAAUACAUCAGUGGGGACAGUAGUUUGCAGGACCAGAAGUGACCGGCAUUGCAUGGAACAAAGCAAAAGAUCUUCUAUUCAUGGUGGCGGGGCUCUGAUUUCAGUGCCCUUAAAUAAACCCUUGAGUGCAAAUAUCCUGAAUAAUGAAGCUAUUUCAGACUGCUCAUUUAUUAAUUUAAUGCCAGACUGUGCCAUACCACAACAUGGCAGUGAUAUUAAGAACCACAUUUACAAUAAAGUUGCGGAGGCUGGUUCAGAGUCUAAUGCUAGCUCAGUUUCUAACUGUUCUGGUUUCUUAUUCUCUGAGAAUACAGGCGAGAUGUGCAAAGUUGUGGCUUCUGUGCAACUCAUGUCUGCUAAAAUCGAUUCUACUACUUUUGGAACAGAAUACUCUCUGCAAGACCAUAUUUCCCCAAAGCUUUCAGUGGAAAAUGAACUGUCUGUUCUACCUGUACCAACCAUCCACCACGCCACAAGAAAAAGGAAAGGAUCUACUAUUAUUAGUUGGAUAGAAGGUAAAAGACAAUAUAAUUGUAAAAGGGAUGUUAAAAACCACCAAAAUUUGCAAGAACUUAAUUUUCAUCCCAAAAAGCCAUCUCUGCUUAAACGAAUAUCUAAAAGUAAAUUAAAGGAGACUAAUCUUAACCACUGUUUAGGGUUUGACAUGGAAGCAGCUAAAGGAUAUACUGAUAUUGAUAUUGGAACAGAAUACCAGAGCCUUGUUAGCUCUGCACCUCAGAAAAUAACAAAGUUGAUAACUGUACAAAAUGUCCAGUCACCUCAAAGCACAUUGUCACGGCAAUCUAGAUGCAGUACCGUUUAUGACUGGCUAAAACAAAAUGAAAUCUCUCAGAAACAUCAUACUCCUCUGCUGAAAACUGCUUGUAAUGUUGAUGUUGCUAGUGCCUUUAGUAACAGUUCCUUCUUUGCCAAAAGCAUUUUUGUUGAAAAACAAACCAAAGGAAACUGUACCCUUCCCCUUGCAAAGGCAAAUCUGACAAUGACCCACCGACCAUCCAAGCAUGCAGCUGCAACACUUAAAUCAUUUAGUACAUCUGUGACACAGGAUAAAUACAAUCCCCUUUUUUGCAACCAUAUGAAACAAAUGCUUUUGCCUUCCAAAACAAAAAUGGGAAUAAAGCAACGCAAGCUGGCACCAAGAGGAGUGGUUACCCCUUACAGGAAACCUUCAAUCUUCCACAAGUGCAGCAAAGAUCAAGCUUUAUUGCACCAGUUGUCUUCUAUUGCCAGCAGGCUUAUAUCUCCACAUAAGAGUCACCGGGAGCUGAAAUCUUUAUCUCACAUGAUAGAUGGGACCCACUUUGUAGAUGUGCAACUACAAGCCAGGAAACUGCUGAGGGCAUUUUCUUGUGUUAGUAUGAGACUGACCUCCACCUCAAAAGAAUCCUCAAAAGCAGUGAUCUUUACAGCUGCUAGGGAUCGUCUGAUCUCCCAGCAUAUGAAUGUUCAUCCUGCCUCUUCUCACGCUGGUAUCUUUCAUUCCAGUGAUUCAAGGUUUUCUUUGGACCCCAGUUAUCCUCCAACAUUCCCAGUUUCCUUCCACAUGAAGAUUGAUUCAAAGCACUUACCAGACUUUUUAGGGUUCGCAUCUCCAUUUCCUAUGAUUAAAAGGCAAGCUUCAACAACCCACUUAUCACAGGUUUCUGAAUGGACACUCUCUCUUUUCCUUUCUUCACAUACCCCUGCUUCAGAAAAUGUACAACUCCUCACACAGUGGAGCCCACAGUUCAAAGCCUUAGAACCAACUAAUACAGAUUUAAGUCUUGGAAUUCCCCAGUUAAGAUCAGGGGAUGGCUGUUCCAUGCAUGGUCUUUAUACUGUUUUAGCUCUUUCAUCACCUGGAUGCUAUAGGUUGUGGACCAGGCGUAGGAACCUAGGAAGCAGAAUCCCCACCGUCCAGAGACUUACUGUUGCUCAGUUUGCACAGGGCCUAAAGGGAGCAUGGCCUUUUUAUUCACAAGGACUCUUUUCUUGUAUGCCCUAUUCCCUUGGCCGUAUUCUGUCCACUUGGAGUCAGCAUGGCCCAACAAAUUCCUCAUCCUAUAGUGUCAAUCACAAUGCCAACUGUUGUUCUUGGCAGAAAAGUCUGGAUAUUAAAUACAGGAAUCCAGAAUUGGUUUCUGCUGUCCCACUCCUAUUUAAAACAAUACCAGACUUGGACACUCACAGUCUUAAAGACAAUCCUGACAUUGCUGUGCUGCCAAAGACUUCUCUGCAUCAGAAAGAACCGUCGCCUCCUUUUGAGUGUUCACCUCCCAAAGCCCAGGUAUAUCCACUGGAGCAGCAAGAGGCUUUACAAAAUACGUGUAUCCAGCCUAACCAGAAGAAUCAGAAGCAAGAUUUAGAAAGAAAGCCUCAAAGAGUUUCACAAAUUCGAAUACGCAAGACCGUGCCAAAGCCAGAUCCCAACCUAACGCCAAUGGGUCUUCCCAAGGCCAAAAGAAUAAAGAAAAAGGAAUUCAGUUUGGAAGAUAUAUACACAAACAAAAACUACAAAUCUCCACCACCAGAUCGAAAACUGGAAACCAUAUUUGAGGAGCCAAAAGAAAGAAAUGGCAUUUUGGAGUGUAUAUCCCAUCAGAAAAGGAAGCGCGUUUUGGAGUUUCGGGAUUGCACAGUCCCCAGAGUAAAACGUCCAAGGGUCAAAGUAAAAGUCAUGGUGGGUUACAAGAGGGGCCGCAAAGCUGCCAUUGAAGGGGAACAGCUGGAUGCACUUCUUAAAAAGAAACUCAAUGAGUUGGAUCAUUUUAUAAUAGAGCAGGAGGCCAUGGAAAGAAAAUCUGAGGCUGCUGCAAUAUUCUGUUUUGGACACUAACAAGUUUCAGAAGCUUAGAAAUAUAAAUUAGGCCAGUUCUUCCCAGUCAUGAAAUUUUAUUUGUAGAUUCCAUUUGAAAGAAGAGAAUGCUUAUGUGUGUUUGCAUUUCAUAUAACAAGUAGGUCUCCAAGCUGUUGUGGAUGUGUGACUGUUUGUGUGCCCUUGAUGUUGUUGAGGAUACAAUGAUGUGUUGCAGUGAGUCUGCACUUUUACCAUGGGACACUCCCAGCCACUGGUUUCCUAUUUUCUGAUUUACUGGAUGCCGAUUUGGAUAUUUUACAGUAUCUUGUAAUGUGUUCAUCCAAAGAGCUGCACUUGUGCACAGUUGUGAAGAAGAGCAUCAUUGCACUUGUUUAAAUUGUCUUUACCAUAUUUAUAUUUUAAAUUGUCUUAAUGCUUUUAAAGCUAAUCGGAGCAGAAGGUGGAUUUGAAUCUUCACAAUGAAUGUAAAUAAGCUAAUGUAGAGUGUGUGAGAGACUAUAUGGAGCAUGUUCCCACAGCCUGACGAGACUAAAACUGACUUAAUAGCUACAUGGGCAGCAGAAUGAGCUGAGGAUGAUGGGAUUUGUGGUUUGAAAUGUGGAGAUGGCUAAUUUUGAGAAAACUUGUCAGGCAGAUUAUUACUAAUCACACUGCUGCGUGCUGCUUUUUAUUUGUUUUUGUCGUGGAAAUUUGGAAAAGGGACACUGCUAAAUAAGCAAUUACACAUCUGCCACAAAUCUGUUUUUAAUUUCGCUCUAAAUUUUGUUUAGGAAUUAAAUAUUAACAGUUUCCCGUCCAUCAGAAUUCUCUCUUCUGUGUUAGUUUUUUUUUUUUUUUUAUUAUUUAGGGCUGUGCACUCCUUGGCUUGUGUCCAGCACCAGCUUACUGUGCAUGUAUGCUAGAGAGAUGAGGCGUGUUCUCUCCUGAGUGUAUUCUUUCUGUGAAUUUGAGAUGUUUGUUGAGUUUUUAAUUUAUACACUUAUAAUAAAUGUCUGUUGCUCUUUCAUGAUUUAAUUUAGAUGUGAUAAUUUAUAUAAAGAUUUGAUAAAGCACA